CACUACUACCAACUGAGCUAUCCCCAGCCCAAGAUUUGGGGAUUCUAAGGAGUACUUUCACCUAAUUUCCUUUUGAUAUAUAGUUGUGUAUUUAUCUGUCUAGAAAGUUCUAGAAGGGUAGCGCCAUAUUGUUUUAAUUUAUUUUCCUUCCCAGUUUGUUAUAUUGUGUUGUAGUGGGUAGUCAUUAUUCAGUACAACAAAAACACAAGUCUGGAAAUUGAUAAUCACAGGAAACCCUGAUACCUUGUAAAAGAGAAAAGAGAAACCUUGGACGCAUCCUUGGGACCUCAAGAAAUAAACUUGAAGCAGCCAUUUUCCUGAAAAUUUUACAACUAAGUGGUGCUCUUGAUCCAUUCCCCCAUUUAAAGGUCGUGAAGAAAAUGCCAGAGGACUUUGUCAAGAAAAAUUAGCUCUUAAGAUGUCCUCUCUUCUUACCUGUAGGUGAUUUUGCUAAGAAGGGACCCUAAGACUGGGUUUUCAGAGUUGCUGAAUGAAGAACUAAGGGAAGUAUCACAAAUAGGCAAGCCUAAAUUACUUUUCUAAGUGUAAUAAUUAUAGUAGCCAAAAAAUCUGCAAGAAAUCUAAAUAUCAAGUGAUUUAAAUACGACCCAUCCGUUCUGUAAUAUUAUGUAGUCAUUAGAAACAAAAGACGGGCUGGGGAUGUGGAUUAGUCAUACAGUGCUUGCCUGGCACGUGUAGAGGCCCUUGGUUCGAUUCCCAGUACCACCUAAAGAAAAAGGUAAAUGAAAGACUAGCAACGUGAAAAAAAAAAAAAAAAGUAUUUUUUUUUAAAGUGCAUGAGUGUGAACGGAAGAAAAGCAGGUUCUGCGUGGGAAAAGGAAAGGAAAGGUGUGUGUGUGGGGGGGGUAAAAGCUGUGAAGGAUCGUUUUAUUAUUAAGUACCUACUACACCUCAGGCGUGGCGGGGGGCAAAGUCCUGCGGCUGACGAAAUUUAGGGCUUAAAACAGUAGAACAUUACUGUGUCAUAAAAAAAAAAAAAAACUUAAUAAAAAACACUCUUGGUUUAAGCGGGUAACGUGACCGCGUACGUGGUAACUGCGCUGCUGCAUUCUCCCGGGAACCUCUCAAAGUAGGGACGAGAACUGUGGCCCCAGCCCUGCAGGGCCACACGGUCUGACUGCGGGAAGCUAACCGUCUCAUCACCGACUGAUUUGGGGGCGUGUCGCUGGAAAAGAGAGCAAACUAGGAGGUGUCGCGAGCCGUGCAAGGGCCUCGCCCCGCAGCCGGAUAACGGUAGAAGUGGGCUGAGCCGCCUGGGUCCGCGCAGGCGGGGACUUGGCGAGGCGCUGGCGUCAGCCCCGCCCUGCGGCCUGCCCUGCGCGCUGAUUGGCCCCUCGGGCCACGCGCCGCCGGCUGCGGGCGGGGGCUCUGCUAGGAGGUGGUGAGGAGUCGAGCGACCUGCGCACAACCGCCCGAAGCCGGGAGCUGAGGCAGAGGCGGGCGGCGCACCCUUCGUGGGUCUCCGCAGGAAUCUUGGGGAACCAAAAUGAGGCACAAUCAGAUGUGUUGUGAGACACCACCUACUGUCACUGUUCACGUAAAAUCAGGGCCGAAUAGAUCACAUCAGCCUAAAAAAACCAUUAAUCUGAAGCGUCCUAUUUUUAAAGAUAGUUGGCAAGCAUCUGAAAAAAAUGCAUAUAAUAACAAAUCUAAACGCCCUAAAGGACCUUGUCUGGUUAUACAGCGUCAGGAAAUGACUGCUUUCUUUAAAUUAUUUGAUGAUGAUUUAAUUCAAGAUUUCUUGUGGAUGGACUGCUGCUGUAAAAUUGCAGACAAGUAUCUUUUGGCUAUGACCUUUGUUUAUUUCAAGAGAGCUAAAUUUACUAUAAAUGAGCAUACCAGGAUAAAUUUCUUUAUUGCUCUGUAUCUGGCUAAUACAGUUGAAGAAGAUGAGGAAGAAUCCAAGUAUGAAAUUUUUCCAUGGGCUCUAGGGAAAAACUGGAGAAAACUGUUCCCUAAUUUCUUAAAGUUAAGGGACCAACUCUGGGAUAGAAUUGAUUAUAGGGCUAUUGUAAGCAGACGAUGCUGUGAGGAGGUUAUGGCCAUUGCACCAACUCAUUAUAUCUGGCAACGAGAACGCUCUGUGCACCACAGUGGAGCUGUAAGAAACUACGACAGAGAUGAAGUUCAACUGCCCCGGGGACCUAGUGCCACACCCGUAGAUUGUUCACUCUGUGGUAAAAAAGGAAGAUAUGUUAGACUGGGAUUGUCUUCAUCAUCAUCUUCAUCCAGUGACACAGGAGAGCUGAUGGAAAAACACUCUCGGGAAUCACACAACUCAUUAUCAAAGGACAUAAUAGGUGCUCCUUCUCAUGCUUAUAGCUAUUCUCAAGUAGCCAAAGACCAUCAAUCAAAGAAAGGAAAGAACACUAAUUUCAUGAAGACAGACAAAUCCAUGGAGUGGUUUACAGGAAGUGAAGAAUGAGAUGGCUCAUCUAAAGCAACUUGGAAUCAUUAGCUACAAAAACU